AUGAGCAGCUUCAACCGGAUGUUCGACAAGGACCGUUUCACGUUGUACAAGAUGUGGAAUCAUGAUUCCUCCAUCGUGUACCGCGUGACGACAUGGAUAAGCGCCACUACUUAUUGCACCUCCUUCGUCCUCCUGGUCAAAAUCAACAAAAUAUUUCUCAAGAUCCGAGAGCCAACAUUAGAGGCAGCCUGCGACGCCCACAAGAAUACAGAGGUGGAGCUCGACCCCGCCGCGCGGGCGGGAUUUGACAACUCUAUCAAGCGAAAGGCCAUCCAGAAGGCCGCGUUCUGGCAGGCGGUGUCAGGGAAGGACACUAGAGAGUUCUGUCGUAAGGCCGAGAACUUGGAGGUGGGUGUCCAGGAGGUGGGAAAUCGGAGGAUAUUCACGAUCGUGGCGCCGAACGGUGAGGCGGUCAAGAAAGAGGACAUGGAUGACUUUAUUCUCGAUAAUUAA